AUUGCAAACUAAUUUCGAGCUGUCGAAGCUCGUUCGGUAUCGAGAUGUUGAUGGAACUUUACGAUUACUCGAAUGGCUCGAACCUCGAAGUCACUCGAACCGGUGUAUACAAUCAGAUACAAUAUACAACGGUGUACAUCUCACAUUGAUAUUGUUUGUAAAAAUUCUACCGUCUACUCCUCUUUAAAUUCCAGACUAGUUAUACUAAAUCCUAAUAUCUAAUGGCUGACGACCCCGAACAGGUUCCUGCAAUAAACGUCAAGGAGCCCCUAGACCUCAUCAGACUCAGCUUGGAUGAAAGAAUUUAUGUAAAGAUGAGGAAUGAGAGAGAACUCAGAGGCAGACUGCAUGCGUACGAUCAGCACCUGAAUAUGGUACUCGGUGAGGCAGAGGAGACGGUUACCACAGUUGAGAUAGAUGAAGAAACUUACGAGGAAGUUUACAGGACAACGAAGAGGAAUAUUCCUAUGUUAUUCGUUCGUGGCGAUGGUGUUAUUUUAGUAUCUCCACCCAGUAUGAGGGCGCCGAUAUAAAUUUAACUCGAAUAUUUUAAGCGUGUAAUUAGGGGUGUUAUAAAUACCGAUAACUUAUCAUCUGUGACAACUCUGUUUGGCUAUUCCAUGAUUUUCUAAAUAAACAACAGUUACUAUAAAGAGA